GAGAAGAAGGGAGGGGCACUUAACGGUGGCGACUGGUUCUGCGCCGGAUCGGCGAGAGGGGCGGGCGCCAUUGUGCUUCGCUGCGGACGGCUCUGGCUCAGUCGGAGGCCUAGAACUCCGAGCAGGAAGGCGACGGAGUGGUCGCUGCGAGCGGAACCCGCCCUGUUUAGUGCCAGCUCGGGAGCAGGGUUUGAUGUCAGAGAUCAACUCAAAUGUUACUCUUAUGAAGACAUUUUUCUUCUAGUACUGAGGACUGAACCUAAGGCCUUAUGCAUGCUAGGCACCUUUAAGAAUGGAGUCUAAACCUUCAAGGAUUCCAAGAAGAAUUUCUGUUCCACCCUCUAGCUCUUUAAGUGCUAGGAUGAUGUCUGGAAGCAGAGGAAGUAGUUUAAAUGAUAACUGCCACUCAAGAGACUCUUCUUUUAGACUGGAUUCUGAGUAUCAGCCUACAUCAGCAUCUGCAUCACCAUUUCAAUCUACAUGGUAUAGUGAAUCAGAGAUAACUCAGGGAGCACGAGCAAGAUCACAAAACCAGCAACGGGAUCAUGAUUCGAAAAGACCUAAGCUUUCUUGUUCAAACUGUACAUCUACCUCAGCUGUGAGAAAUAUUGGAAAUGGUUUAAAUGCAGUAUCAGAUUCUUCAUGGAGGCAUGGUCAAGUUCCCAGAUCUUCAUCAAUGGUACUUGGUUCAUUUGGAACAGACUUAAUGAGAGAGAGGAGAGAUUUGGAGAGGAGAAGAGAUUCUUCCAUUAGUAAUCUUAUGGAUUAUAGUCAUCGAAGUGGUGAUUUCACAACUUCAUCAUAUGUUCAAGACAGAGUUCCUUCUUCAUACUCACAGGGAGCAAGACCAAAAGAGAACUCAGUGAGCCCUUUACAGUUGAAUACAUCAUCCACAAACCACCAAUUGCCUUCUGAACAUCAGACAGUACCAAGUUACAGGGACUCCAGUAGAAAUUCUUUGAGGUCAGGUUUUUCUUCAAGAGAAUCAGAAUCUCUCCGAAGCAGUAUUCACCCUGGAUUUUCUUAUUUUUCAAAUAGAAAUGAAACCCCAACUGUAAGCAAUUCAGAAAGGAUUGGUUCAUCUCAGAGAUCAUUUCAAGAAUCUUCUGACAGUGAAGGUAGGCGCACGACCAGGAGGUUGCUGUCGCGUAUAGCAUCUAGCAUGUCAUCUACUUUUUUUUCACGAAGAUCUAGUCAAGAUUCCUUGAAUACAAGAUCAUUGAAUUCUGAAAACUCUUAUACUUCUCCAGGAAUCUUGACAUCACAGUCUCGGGGUAAUGCAGCAACUUCUGAAGUUAACUAUAAUAGGGCAACUGAAGCUUCUCAGGGAUUUCGAUUUCUUAGGCGAAGAUGGGGUUUGUCAUCUAGCCAGAAUCAUAACUCUGAGCCAGAUUCAGAAAAUUUCAACCAUGAAUCUGAAAGUAGAAAUACAGGUCCAUGGUUAUCUUCCUCACUUAGAAAUAGAUGCACACCUUUGUUCUCUAGAAGGAGAAGAGAGGGAAGAGAUGAAUCUUCAAGGAUAACUACCUCUGAUGGACCGUCUAGAUCUCAUAUUUUUAGAAGAGAAUCAAAUGAAGUUGUUCACCUUGAAGCACAGAGUGAUCCCCUUGGGGCUGCUGCUAACAGAGCACAAGCAUCAGGAGCAUCAAGCAGUGCCUCUACAGGUGGCUCCAUAUCAGAUUCAACUCAAGGUGGAAGAAAUAGAGGGAUAACAGGAAUUCUUCCUGGUUCUUUAUUCCGAUUUGCAGUCCCCCCAGCCCUCGGAGAUAAUUUGACUGACAAUGUCAUGAUUACUGUAGAUAUCAUUCCUUCAGGUUGGAAUUCAUCUGAUGGAAAAAAUGAUAAAACCAAAAAUGCACCUUCAAGAGAUCCAGAAAGACUGCAGAAAAUAAAAGAGAGCCUCCUUUUAGAGGACUCUGAAGAAGAAGAAGGUGAUUUAUGUAGAAUUUGUCAGAUGGCAGCUGCAUCAUCAUCUAAUUUGCUGAUAGAACCGUGCAAGUGCACAGGAAGUUUACAGUAUGUCCACCAAGAGUGUAUGAAAAAAUGGUUACAGGCCAAAAUUAACUCUGGUUCUUCAUUAGAGGCUGUAACCACCUGUGAACUCUGUAAAGAGAAGUUGCAACUUAACCUGGAGGACUUUGAUAUUCAUGAACUGCAUAGAGCUCAUGCAAAUGAACAAGCUGAGUACGAGUUUAUCAGCUCUGGUCUCUACCUAGUUGUGUUACUGCACUUGUGUGAACAAAGCUUUUCUGAUAUGAUGGGAAAUACAAAUGAACCAAGCACACGUGUUCGAUUUAUUAACCUUGCAAGAACUCUUCAGGCACAUAUGGAAGAUCUCGAAAGUAGGUGGAAUUUCCCCUCCCCAGACUUGUUGAAUUUUCUUUUGCAAAUUAAACCCACAGAACAAAACCUAAGUGUAGAUAGCUCUUUUCUGCCAAAUUAGAGCUUAAUUUAUAGGCUUAAUAUAAAAAUGAUUGGUUUGGCAAAUGUGGGUUGGGCAAUUGAUACUUGUUUUUUAACAGCAUACUUUAACAGUUGUGUUUAAGAUGUAUGGAAGAAUGAAUUUUUAACCACCAGUAUUUUCAUUUAAGUCAAGAUUAUUUUUGAUCACUUUGAUUUUAGCACUUGUAAUAAAAAUGAACACAGAUUUACUAGUCAACUAUUAGUUUUGGGUGAUUUCUUUGUUUGUUUAAGAAAUUUUUACUUGUUAUUUGGCUUGUUAGACCAUAAACAGAUUUUAUUUUGGCUUAUACAUGGUUCCAGGAAAAUAAAGGAAAAGUUCUGAAUCCAGAUCCAUAACAAAAGCCAUUUUUUUGUUCUUUGCUCGGGUCCUUGUGGAUUUUCAAUAAAUUAGUAGUAACUCUCAUCUCUAAAGAUCGUAUUCUAGCAUUAGGACUUUUAUCUGGGCUCUUAGGGGUGAAUGCAUGUAAUCCCCAAAUCUUUAUAGCUAUUUUGCACAGUUUGCCAUCUUCUCAAAGUUCUAUAACACUUCCAUGGUGCUUAAUGCCAGGUGGACACACAGGUAUUGGGGGCUCUGGAACAGCUCCUGAGGAAUCCAAGAUCACUCCACCCAUUCUCUACUUACUGUACUUUUUCACCCAAAGCAACAGGCUUCUUGUUUCCAAUACACUCUUUGAAAUGUUUUGAAAUAUAUCAUCUUGACUUGAUAUAUUCAUCUUCAAAAUUCUUGGAGAAUUAGCUUUAAAGAAAGGUCAUCCUUUGAAGAUACGUUGAAAAGAACUUUGUUCUCAUAAAAAUCUUUUUAAUUCAUGUAUUUUUUUAAGGAUUUGAGAAAAACGACAUCACAUUUUUGCAGUUUUAAUUGCUAUAUAUGAAAAAAGACAGUGGGAAUUCAUUUAGUAUUAACUUUUCCCCUUUUUGACUUAGUUCAAAUCCCUUAUAUUUGCCAGUAGUCUCUUUUAUUUUUUAAAAAUUAUCAUACUUUGUCAGAUGUGCUAAUUUGAGUGUACUUAAUCCAGAUCUCUCAUUCUUAAAAAACUGACAUCCUCACGUAGAUCAGAGUUAUCUGAACAUGAUAGUAUCUUUUUCCAUCCUGUGACAGAGAAGGAAAUGAUAAUUGUAAAAGACCCAAAGUCAUGUAACUUAAAGAUGUGGGUGCUAUACAUUAACCCUUUAAAUACCAGAGCACUAGAAUAUUCUGAAAAUGACAACUCAGUUUUAUUCUCACGUGGAAUUCAUCAAGUAGAAAAAUUUUAAAGUUUCCUUAAAAACUAUAGUAAUAUUGCUUGAUAUUUCUCUAGGAUAUAAAACUUAACCACAGGGGUUAUCAGUCAUAAAUUAUGAUACAUACUUGAUCUUCCUUAUUAGAAGUGGGAUAUACAAAUAUGGCUUUUCCUACGAUUUGUUCCAGGUUGAUUGUUGCCCGGUGCUCAGCUGUCUAAUAUUAAUGAAGUAAAAGUAUAUUACAUCCUUCUGUUUUCGAUAAUAGCAGAGAUGCUGGUCAGAUGCUUAUUUUAUUGAGCUUUCAUUUUCUUCCACAUGUAAAAGUUUCCAGAAGACAUAAUUUUUUGUUACUAUCCCCUUCCUAAAGACAUUGUAGGUUGCUUUACUUUAAAUCUUGAGCCACUAAUGACCCUUGAAUAAAUUUACAUCAGAAAUGUUGUAAAAGUGAAGUUUCUGACAGUUUGAAGACAUGGGAAUAAUUUCAGUAGUACUAUAGAUUUUUACUAAAUCCAAUUGUUUUAACUUGGGCUGUGUCUAUAUAAAGCUUUUAAAACUUACUAAAUAAAUCUUCUGUGCUUAUAGACAUAGCUUUGAUGUAAAUUACAAGAACACCCAUAACCUGUUAUUCUAUGUACAUUUUUUUUUUCUUUUUCAUCGGAUGCAGCAAUAAUAAGCCAGAUUCUACUCAGGUGUGUGAGAGGAAUUGCCUUAAAUUCACUCUUUCCCUAGUGUUUAUAUCAUUAGCUAUAUGAACACAAAUUGAUCUCAAAAACGUUUUUAGAAGAUGCUCUUGAACCACAUUUUUAAAGCAUUUCAUUUUUAUGAAAACUGUGUAACAUCACAAAAAGAUUUGGGGGAGCGGGGGUGUUGAGAAUUGGCAUCACCCACAAUCAAACACUCUAACCCUGUCAUAAU